AUGAGCGAAAUCCUCGUCAUAACCUGCCCAAGCGGCAAACAGUGCUCCCGCCUCAUCCCCCUCCUCUACAACAAAGGCAAAUUCACCUUGCGACUGGCAGCACACUCGAAGGCGUCCGCCAACAGACUCAAAGAACGCUACCCAGAUGCCGAGAUUAUAACAACAGACCUGCAGUCUCUCCCGGACUGCCGCAAACUCUUACAAGGCGCAACGGCCAUCAACGCCGUUCUCCCCAGUCUGCACUCCCACGAGAAAGAGAUUGGAUUCAACCUGGUCGACGCAGCAGUCGCCGAGUCCAGGCGCCAGGGGAACGUUUUCAAACAUUUCGUGUUCUCGAGUGUGCUCGGCACGCAGCAUCGAAGCCUCCUACAGCAUGACCGGAAGAGCUACGUCGAGGAGAGGCUCUUUUUGAGUCCCUUGAACUGCUGGACUAUUCUCAAGCCAACAAAUUUCAUGGACGCCUACCCCGUGGCCGCCCUCGCAGAGCAAGAGCACCCCGUUCUGGAAAAGUGGUGGAACCCCGAACACGCGAACAGCGUCAUCGCUCUGGCGGAUCUGGCAGAGGCAUCUGCCAAGGUCCUUCAUGAAAGAGAGCGCCAUUACCUCGCCGAGUAUCCACUGUGCUCGACGAUGCCCAUAUCGGAGACGGACAUUAUCGGCGUUAUCGAGAGACGCAUCGGGAGGAAGAUCCUGCUCCAGACGCCUUCAUUCGAGACGGGCGUGAGCAAGGUGACCAAGGGGCUGCAUGGUGCGGACGAAAAGGACGCCGGCGAGCUCGGGCUCGGUUCGGCGAGUGAGGGAGACCUUCGUGGCGAUCUUGUCCGUGAUGCGGUGGAGCACUUGAUUUUGUUUUAUAAUCGGCGGGGGUUGAAGGGGAGUCCGAAUGUGCUGAGGUGGGUGCUGGGGAGGGAACCGACGUCUGUUGAGCAGUGGGUUGACUCUGUUGCUCCGAAGUGA